AUGGUGGCAUGGUUCGCCUUGACUUCGAAUUUCCUAAUUUUGGUCAUGUACCUACUCGGAGUCCAACGAAAAUCAGUGGAAACGACGAAUAACAGUAUCACCUAUUUUGCUGUUACUAUUGCGGUAGGUGGUAAUUCGAUUUGUGUUUUAGGCUUAUUUUUGAAGAGUUUGAAUUUUAUGAGGUAUGUGUAGGGUAAGCUAAGCAUACUACAGGGUGUCCCAAGAUUUUUGGAGGAAACUAAAAGCUUCGUUCUCAAAGAAUACUGGUCCAAAUUGGACGAUUCUUUUUUUGGUAUGCUUGAAAUGGCGGACGGAUUUGGUAUUUGUACUUUGUUUUUGGAUAUUCGGCGGACGGUCGGCGGAGACCGGCGGACGCUAUAUUUUUGCUUUGACCAAUCCAAAACCUUGAUUUUCUAUUCCCGUAACUCCUAUUGGUCCCUCAAAACGCUUUGUUAUCGAAAAUAAAUUUUUCCCUGCAUCGGCAAACCGUCGGCGGAGAAAAACGGCGAAGGCCAUAACUCCGCUCAAACUCAACAUCUUUUCACCGGACAAAAACUGGAGAUGUUGCUUUUAGUUUUUCAACGAUUUUAUAUAAUUUCAAAUUUAAAAAAAAUAAUUGUUUUGAAAUUGGCGGACGAUUGGCGGAGAAAAAACGGCGAAGGCCAUAUCUCGGUCGAUUUUUAAUAUUUUUUCUUCGAUAAGUAACUCUAAAUGUUCAUUUGAGGUUUUUAAGCAUCUCUACUAAUUUUAAAAUUAGAAAAUUUUCAUCGGCGGACGGUUGGCAGAGAAAACGGCGUAGGCCUUAACUCCGCUCAAACUCAAUAUUUUUUGGCGUAAAACAUUAAAUUUGCAGUAGUUACGUAAAACAGUGCUUUCAGAUGCCAGCAUUUUUUUUCCAGAGAAAAAAUAUUGAAAUUUGACUGAGCUAUGGCCUUCGCCUCCGCUGGCCUACGCCGAACCUCCGCCGAAUAUUAAAAAGUGAAGUACCAAUACCAAAUCCGUCCGCAAUUUCAAGUGUACUAAAAAAAGAAUCGUCUAAUUUGGACUUAGUAGGCUUAGGCUCAAUAAGCUUAGGCUUAAUGGCCUCAGGCUUUGCAGGCUUAGGCUUAGUAGGCUUAGGCAUGGUAAGCUUAGGCUUAGUAAGCUCAGGCUUGGUAGGCUUAAGGCUUUGCGAUUUUGGGCCCGGUAGAUUGUGUUUUAGUAGGCUAACGCUAUGUAAACAUAUGUUCUUUAGGCUUAAGUGCAUUUGGUUUAGUCAUAGUAGGCUUAUUAUGAUGUUACCUACAUUUAGGCUUAUGUUUUGUAGGCUCAAGUAAGGCUACGUUUAGCUUACGAUUUUUUUUAUUUUUAGGGAUAUACUUGUAGGCUUACAUCAAAACGGUUUGUUGUUUAAAACAAAUUUUCAGGAUUUUUUUGUAAACACAAUUUUGGGUGCCUUAUUCUGUAUUGGUACCCUGAUUAAUGCCAUAGCCAUGGUUAGUGGCAUCGAACACCGCUUUUCCUUGUUCUUGACAUAUCUUUUUGCUACGGUAGGUACUGUACUUUUAAAAUUGAUUUUAUUUUAAAAUUUUUUUUGAAUUUUUAAUUUUUUUAGAUUUUCUGUGCCAUAUCAGCGGUGGCAAUGAUUUACUACGUAAUUCGAAUCUACCGUGCCUGUCCGAAUGGAAAUCUCUCCAAUCUGAAGUACUUGAUUGUGGAUGGAAAGGAAAUCGUGCUGAGAGAAGGUUUCGGCUACAGUACGAACACCGCUUCUGGUCCAAGACAGUACGCUUGA